AUAUACCUAGAGUGUCCAUAACAAUACAAACUAUUAACAAGUAUCGCUCAUAAAAACGCAAUCUUUAAGUAUUAUUUUUAAAUUGGUUGUGCCACAAUAAAAAAAGCAAAUACCUCUUUAAGAAUCGAUUGGUAUAAAGAAUACAAGUUUUCUACCAUGAACGCCGCUGGAGGAGGCAACGUCCCACAGGCGACACCGGCGACUACAAACAAUUCGCUCCUCGCCACCGCUUCUGGAGCCAUGCCCAUGGCCCAACUGGCUGAUGGAUGGCUGGAACUCGAAUCCGAUCCCGGUCUCUUCACCCUCCUGCUCGAGGACUUUGGCUGUCACGAUGUCCAGGUGGAGGAGGUGUACGACCUGCAGAAACCCAUUGAGAGCCCCUAUGGCUUUAUUUUCCUCUUCCGCUGGAUCGAAGAGCGGCGUGCCAGGCGCAAAAUCGUCGAGACAACCGCCGAGAUCUUUGUGAAGGAUGAGGAGGCGAUUUCGAGCAUAUUCUUUGCCCAGCAAGUGGUGCCCAAUAGCUGUGCCACCCACGCCCUCCUCUCCGUCCUCCUGAACUGCAACGAGAACAACCUUCAGUUGGGCGACACCCUGAGUCGACUGAAAGCCCACACCAAGGGCAUGAGUCCGGAGAACAAGGGCCUGGCCAUUGGAAACACUCCGGAGCUGGCCUGUGCCCACAACUCCCACGCAAUGCCGCAAGCUCGGCGCCGCCUGGAGCGGACCGGGGCCGGCGUCUCCAGUUGCCGCUUCACCGGAGAGGCCUUCCACUUCGUCAGCUUCGUACCCAUCAACGGGCAGCUGUUCGAACUGGAUGGUCUCAAGCCGUAUCCCAUGAAUCACGGGGGCUGGGAGGAUAGCGAGGACUGGACGGACAAAUUUCGGCGUGUGAUGGCGGAGAGACUGGGCAUAGCAACUGGUGAACAGGACAUACGCUUCAACCUGAUGGCCGUGGUGCCGGACAGGCGCAUUGCCAUAACCCACAAGCUCAAGAUGCUGCGCACCAAUCAGGCCAUUGUUUCCGGAACCCUGCAGAAACUCCUAAAAGCCGACGAGCAGGGCGAAUCGGGGAACGGAGACUCACAGCGUCCUGACACGCCCACCACGUUACUGGAACCGAGCGCCUUUACCGCACGGGAUCUGCAGUCGCUGCUCAAGAACCUGGACACCGAAAUAGCCAUCAACGAGCAGCACCUGGCCGACGAAAACGACCGGCGGCACAUGUUCAAGGUGGACGCCAGUCGACGCACCCACAACUACGACAAGUUCGUGUGCACCUUCCUCUCGAUGCUGGCGCAUCAGGGUGUCCUGGGGGAGCUGGUCAGCCAGCACCUGCUGCCGUCGAAGAAGAUCAGUGGCCAGAGUGCUGCCAACCGGAUCAGCAAGCAGAGCAACACCUCGAAUUCGGGGGCGAGCACCGCAGGGGCAGGUGGAACCACGCCCAAGAGUCAGCCGCAGCAAGCUGCAGCCGCCAAAAAUGGCAAAUCGCCAAGCAAAACGCCGGGCAGAAGACGAAAGGGUCGCAACAAGUGCAGAAAACGGAAGUAAACGCGGCCGAGUUGUAAAUGUUUUUAAGAAUACAGUUUGCGUUUUAAGACUA